GCAGCUUGACAGUUCUCAUCAAUCCAUACAUCUCCUUUAGUGAAAAAUGCAGACCAGGAGGUGGCUGUGCUGGUUUAAAAACUUUGUAAAGUUGCUCUUCGGACCUGAAGCCGCCUCCUAGCUCCCUUUCCCCAAAAAGCUUCCCGUUCCGUCCUAGCUUUGGCCACGAGGUGGCAAUAACUUGCAAACAAAACGCUGAAACCGCCAGGCAGCAACUGGAAACUGUCUCCUUCCCUGAGCUUUUCGCUGAGCUCUUCCCCCUCCUCCUUUGUUUCAAUAUUUAAUUGCAUUUAUUUCGGAAUUACUAGGCAACCCACCCCCAGAUGUGUAAUUUAAAGGUGAUGUGCUUGCAGUGAGAUUUCCAGGAUCCGCUCAGCAGAGCACCAUCCAUCAUGUGAUGCUGGGAUAAGGUGGAGUUCGGCUUUAAGGGGGAGUCUCCAGCCUUCCUCACCCAGCUUUGGGAUCUCAGCUGGAGGAAUACCAGAGGAUCCUUUCCCUCUCCCUGCUCCUCAGCCAGCCCCCGAGAAGACCAAAGGCAGGCAGAGAGCUGCAAGGUCCUGCGAGAGAGAUGCAGCACCAAGAGUCUCCUCGCAGGCUGACAGGCACGUUUCAAAUGUCGUGAGAGGUUUGGAUGAGACCCGUGGCAGCUGGGAAUAUUAUACGGCAGGUUGGGAACAACAUGAAUGCUUCAGUUCUCGGCUCCCUGGGAAAUAGUUCCAGCCACCUGAAUUUCUCGGAGAAGAACUCGCAGAUCUUACAGUUUGAGGAUGAAGAUUGCCACGUGCCUUUGGCCAUGGUCUUCACCUUGGCCUUGGCUUAUGGGACCGUGAUAAUUCUGGGAGUCUCUGGGAAUCUGGCCCUUAUUGUCAUUAUUUUAAAACAAAAGGAAAUGCGCAAUGUUACUAACAUCCUCAUUGUCAAUCUGUCCUUUUCUGAUCUUCUAGUGACCAUCAUGUGUCUUCCCUUUACCUUUGUGUAUACCUUAAUGGACCACUGGAUUUUUGGGGAGGCCAUGUGCAAACUGAACCCUUUCGUGCAAUGUGCCUCAAUCACCGUCUCGGUCUUUUCUUUAGUCCUCAUUGCCAUUGAGCGCCACCAGCUUAUCAUCAACCCCCGAGGCUGGAGGCCGAACAACAGGCAUGCCUACAUGGGGAUUGCUGCCAUAUGGAUUUUAGCCACAGCUUCCUCCUUGCCUUUCCUGAUCUACCACGUGCUAACAGACGAACCCUUCAGAAACAUAACGUUUGAUGAAUAUAAGGACAAAUAUGUGUGUUUGGACCUGUUCCCCUUGGACACUGCCCGGCUUUCUUAUACCACGACUCUAUUGGUGAUUCAGUACUUUGGACCGCUUUGUUUUAUAUUUAUUUGCUACUUAAAGAUAUACAUACGAUUAAAAAAAAGGAACAACAUGAUGGACAAGAUGAGAGACAAUAAGUACAGAUCCUCUGAAACCAAAAGGAUCAACAUCAUGCUGAUCUCAAUAGUGGUUGCCUUUGCCGUUUGCUGGCUGCCUCUGACCAUCUUCAAUAUCGUGUUUGAUUGGAACCAUGAAAUUCUGCCCGUUGCUACCUGCAGCCACAACCUCUUGUUCCUCAUCUGCCACCUCACCGCCAUGAUCUCCACCUGUGUAAACCCCAUCUUCUAUGGGUUUCUCAACAAGAACUUCCAGAGGGACCUGCAGUUUUUAUUCCACUUUUGCCACUUCCGCUCCCGUGAGGAGGAUUAUGAAACCAUAGCCAUGUCCACCAUGCACACAGAUGUUUCAAAAACCUCUCUAAAGCAGGCAAGCCCAGUCACAUUUAAAAAAAUAAAUAGCGAUGAUGAUGACAAAAUAUAAAGAAGUCAUAAUAAUUCUACACCAAACCUCUGAAAGCGUGAUCGCAGGUGAAAUGUGUCCAAGGACAAGCACAAUUAUGUAACAAGUGCAAAAUGGAUAAUGCUUUUCUUCUUUUUCCAAGGAACUGGGAUUGUUGUCACUCUGAAAUUAUACGCUGUGCAUUUUUGCCCCCUUUGCUGCUUUAAUGUUCGCAGCAGUUAUAUCUGAAUCUUAUUAUAAGAUGUAGUUGGACCUGCUACUACCUAUGGUUUUCGUCAGCUGUCUUUUGUUCUGUUUUCUUUGUACAGUUAUGCACUUUAGCUCAAAGAUACAUUUAUUGAUUUUUUGUUUUUUCAAAUAAGUAGUUUUUGGGAGUGUCCAUCUAAGACCAUUAGAAAUUAUAAAAUUAUAUGAGCCACAGGGAGACUGUCACUACAGAGGACACCCAUCCCAGCUUGAAAUUAGGACAUUUUGAUCUGAAGAGUUGUUCUUUUAUUUAAUUUUUUUUUUUAAUCUGGCUUUUGAUCAAUGCUAAAAUCCUGUAAAAUCAGUAGAGGCACACAGAAAAUGAUUCUGAGAAACCUGUAGAAUAUGGUAAAUGGGCACAUGCAUUUGUCUCAUUCACAGGGGCAAUUUGGGCUGUAAUCACUUAGGUUCAAAGACAGGAUUAGGAGAGAAAUUCUGUUCUCAUUUACAAGAAUAAAAACCUAGAGUAACUCUACAGAGCACAAUGGGAUAAUUCUGAUUUUCACCACAGCAAAUGAAAGCACAAAUGAAUCUUUAAUCCCGAAUGAUUAUAGCUGACUUUAAUAAUGUGGGCUUAUUAAUUUAAAAAAUAAAGAAAACAACACAACAACAAAAAAGCCAACUGCAUUUUCAUCUGCCAUCACCAGAAGGCUGGGAUGAAAUUUCCUGUCAGUCCCAAGCUUAUGAACCAUGAAAGUCUCCUUAUGUCCUGUAUAUGUCAGAAAUCUGAAGGGAGAUGGGAAUGUUUGCUUUCUGUACAAGGUGCAAUUCCAUCCUCGCAGGUGAUAUUAAAAAUCCAGGAUUAAAAAAAAAUAAAAAUGCUCUAGCUACCUGAAUCUUUUCAUAAUAAUUAGUGCUGAUCUAUAUAAAUUAUGUAUAGCCUCAUAAUGUUCUGUGUUCAGAUGCAACGUUAUAAACCUGGAUUGUCUCCAAGAUGAUGGAUGGCUUAAUCAAAAUCUGCAAAAUUUAAAAGGAGGACAUAGCGUGGUUGCAAUCGGUAUGUUUAGUUUCCGAACUCACAGUUUCCACAGUUGACUGAAGUGCAGAAAUAUUUGCCAGAUAUACACAAUAGAGCUCUGUGUGUUAUUGUUUAAAAUAUAUAACCUCUAAUUACACAAAAUAUAUGUGACUAGAUCCCCAGCUGAGGGAAACCUGCAUAACUUGACUUCUGUACAUGAAACUAUAACAAUUUCAGUCAGCUGAGGUUCUGCAUCAUACAGUGCACUUUGCAAUAUAAUCAAUGCCUUUUUGAAUAAUCAGCUUUUUAAAAUACAAUUUAGUCCCUAUUUUUAUUCAGCAAGGUCGCUUUAAACCAUUCUGGCAGAGAAGAGGGUCUUUAAAAUGGAUAUAAAUGUAAAUGUAGCAUAAAUGGGAAUCAGAUCUGAUAUGUCUCUGAACAAAAAGAUCCUGGGAUGUGAUGGUGAAUUUAAUAUGUUCUAAAUUUGACAUGGAUAAAUGCCUAAGAAAUGAAAAUUAUUUGGUUUGCCAGUAUUUAAAAGUCAAAAACUGUGCCUUGUGCAGUCUUAUAAAUAGUGUAGAAUAUUAAAGUAGCAAUGUGUUCUUGUGUAUUAUAAUUCCAUGUAUUUCUUUACUGACAGAUAAUUUAAUUAAAAAAGGAGGCUUCUGUAGUUGAGAACAGAGAGGGAAUGUAUAAAAUGAAUUAUAAGACAGAACUUUCCUUCAGAGCUUUGCCCUUUUGUAUUUUAUGAGAUUUCCCUUUUCUAUGUGGUUCUCUGUGGAGUGUGUUGCUAAUAAUUUGACAAGAGGCUCCUGAAAUUAUUCCCCUGUCAUUUUAUAGUCAUUUUCUUAUGCAAAGGGGUGUGUAUUCUCACAAAGAGAUACAAAGCAGAAACCCAGCUAUGUGUUUCUAUUAAGAACGUCACAGUAGGUUUUUCUUAUUGGGGAAAAAAAAUAAAUCACCAUGCAUUUUUUUAUAAUUGUUAUUCUGGGGCUGGGGUGGGGGGUGGGGGGGGGUAGAGAAUCACUUUCUUCCAAACCAGUGGGAGAAGACAACAGAAUAAUUUGAGAAAGUUACCAGCUAGUUGGUUGGAAAUGUUUGAUCAGGCUGAAGAAGAUAUUUAUAUAGGGUAGGUAUUGAUGUGAUUUUGGAGCGGUGGUGCACAGAGACCUAGAAGUGGUGUGUCCUGAGAUUCACAGGCCUGCAGCGGGACAGCUGCACAGUUACUCCUAUGUCCAUCUUCCUCCUGCUUGAGGUACAGUCUCAAAUCAUAGCUCCUGUCUGAUGCUAUCUCAUAUUAUCUCCUGAGAGCGUGUUAGGUUUUUUUAACUUUCCAGUGCCUCAUAAACAAGCUGAGACUGUGCCAGCAUGUGCAAGUUCAAGCAUGCCUUUGGCUGGUUCCUGCUCAGCUCAGAAGCCAUUUUUCAGCUGCACUGCUGUCCUAGGAUCAGGCCUCUUUUCCAUGCUUCCUCACGGCCCCACAAGAAGCACUCUGCCUUCCCAAGGCGCUGUGAAGGACGCAGUCUGUGCAUGGUCACCUGAAUAGCACAGGCCGUGGGCACUGUGCAGACAGUCUCAGCAGGAAAAGGCAUUUGCAGAAUUUCAGAAGCAAAGUCAUCACUAUUCAGAAGAAGUUUUUAUGAGGACAAAGAUAAAAGUAGUCUCUCUGAGGUGCUGACCUGACAUCUGCAGGGUGUAGAUGACAUCUACUGAGAGCAGUAUUUUUGUCUUUGGUUGUAUGACGACACCGGAGUCCUCAAAAGCCACUGGAGACUUUCUCCUACUGACACCUGGCUACAACACGAAUCCUCUUUUUCACUUGCAGAUCCCCAGCAUGGCUUCUCAUCCUCUGUAUGUUAAAUUUUGUUAUAGGGUGAGCUGUUGGGUUUCACGUUUCUCAGUCAUUAUGGUUUGAUAUUUUUUCCUUCCAUGUGCUGUUUUGUCAAACUCUCCACACUUCAGCGCAUACUGAGUCCUGCCCCAAAACCUGAAGAUUUCUCUUUUUCUUUCAGACUGGUAGAAAAAUUUUACUGACAGAAAAACAUAAUGGUGAGGGAUCUAUAAUGUAUCUCACUAUUUGUGUGCAAUACAUUUCAUGGCAAAUCUAAAGCCUUAAACGACAAAUGUAACUGUUUAAUAAACAUUAAUAUCUGCUUCAUUUGCCUGUUAUUUUAUCAUCUCACACUUCCCUUUUAUCUGCCACAGACAUUUGAGUCUUCAGCAUAAUCAUAACACACCAGCAUUGUGUAUGUCAUUCCUAAUAAACACCGCUGUAUUCCCAUAUUCCCUUUUUUCCAAUGUAUCUCUUGUGCAUGUCAUUGUCACUCUGUACAGUAAUCCACAACUUUCACAUCUUCAGUUAGAAAAAAAAAAAGGAUAACAAUAGGAAGAGGUGAAUAAUUGACAUUAAUAUCUGCUUUUGGUGGGCUAGGAAAAAGAUGGAUGUGAAAAAUCAGUCCCUCUUUUUUCUUUCUUUUUUUUUUUUUUUUUCAUUUUUCUCCCACCUCUUUUAAAAAUCAGUUCUAAACCAAGAAAAGGAAUUAAUGUGACUGUACCCUCAGGUCACUUGAGCUGAUUCUGACUGCAUUUCAUCUCUGAUGAAGGUGUGGAGGGCUAAGGGUUCAUAUCUCCUGACUCUGCUGUCUUGCAAUACUGUACCAGCUAUUAUUAAUGUUUCUUUAUGGCAAAAUUUGAUACUGAUUUAUACUCAGACUGCAAAUCAGCAUACAUUUAAAUCCAUCUCUGUUCAUCCAAUUCUGAUUCUGGCUUUAGGUGAAUGUGAGAUCAAUGAAACUGGAGAAUCUGCUUAAAGGUAAUCAUUUGCCUAAGCACCCUACUGAAUAACAGUGAACUGUUGGCAUUCACAUUUUUUUUUGGAUUUCAGAUUAUUACAGAAAUAAAUUAGUGGCAUAUGGUUUUUCUUGGCAAUUUUUCUAUUCUCACCCUCUCUGUAGUCCAGUGCCUGACAAUACUUCAGUUUAAGGCUUUGGUUCAACUCUAUUCCUAGAUUCUUGGUUAAAAUAAUUUAACCUAGCCAAUACAUAGAGAAGGAAGACAUUAAGGAAAUUGUAUUUUUCUGUUUUUAUUUUUAAAGCAUAAAUUACGGUAGGAAAAGUGAACUUAAAUAAUGCUUCUGUCUGCAACAGGUUUAAUUAGUUCAGUUGCAGAGAAAGGGUGGAGAAAUAAUAACAAUAACUAAACAAUAAGUUUUGCUGACAAACUUACUGUCUCAGUUGAAGGAUGUAUACAUCUCCAGGCUCUACCAUGUUGUCUUAAUUCCUGUGUUAUUUAAAAUGUGGUAUUUGCCUCCCUGAGGCAAUGUUGAUGUGAAAAUAAAUUAUUUUCUUCUAUCCAUGUUUUGGAGAAUAUGAAAUGUUUGAGGAUUACAUGUAAAAGAGAGAAAGCGUAUGACCAGCUUUAGUAUCUUAUACUUGAAUUUGCCUGUGGCGCAAAAUAACUCUUAUACAGUAUUUCUGCCCAUGCUAAACAGUGCUAAUGGUCUAAUUGAAGGUGAUAUUUUUAAGAUUAAGGAGAGCAUUCACAAAGACUAGCUUUAGCUGGAGGAUGGUAGUUUUCCUAACCUCCUUCGGUGACAACUCAAGGGCACACACAUCUGCUCUACCACCGGUGCUAUGCAGCUACCAAAAUGUCUUUCUCUCUGUUACCUAUACAGACAGCUGAGGGAGAGACAGCUUCCAGGGCCAACCUGGGUCUAGUGAAUAUUGCCUCCCUUCCUCCAUGCUCCAUGGUAUUCCUCGUGCCAGUUCAUACCUUACACCCUUAUAAGGUGCUUUCUGAGGAAGUCCCAGGAAUUUGUGCUCUGGUUUCAUAAAGUGCCCAAGUAUAUGGUAAAAUUCAACUCAGUUCAGGACAUUGCUUCAAGCAUGAACUAAGUUUAAAACAUUUUCUUCCACUAAAAUCCUCUUUUUAGCAAGUUUCUGGUAGGCAAGUUUCUCAGAAUUUGUACUCCAUAUAAGUCCAUAAUUCGCAAAGCCUGUGUAGGUUGGAGUUAUGUCCAUAUAGGAUAUCCUGCUCAUUACAGCAAAGCUGACAGCACUGAGCACUGUCUCAUGUUUCCCAAAGAUCUGGGUUGAUGAUCUUGUUUCGUAACAUAGAUUAGGCUUUGUCACAAGAAACUUGCACCAGAGGCAGAGGUUUUUGAGAAAACUGCACGAGGGAGGCUCCCACAGUUAAAUAACUUGCCAAAAAUUACACUAACUUUCAGAUAUACAAGGAAAUAGUUUAGAAAAGAGUAAAAAACACACAGGUCUAGAUGAAGCCUUGAUGCAUUUUCUCAGAUAUAUACAAAAAAAGAUUCAGAGGCAGACUCAAACAUAUAUUUAUAUUCAGUUAAUAGAUUGAUAUGUAAAUGCUUUUAAGGCAAAGUAGUAGGCAAAAGAUCAUGUAAGAUUAAUAGGUUCUCCACCUCUGUCUACAAAAAAAGGGAUAUGGAGCUUUACAAAUGAGUCUGAAAAUGUAUUUUAAGAUUCUUCAUCUUAGAUUGAUCUAGAUCAUUUUUUUUUAGAUGAAGGAAACAAAAUGUUU